AUGAAUGAUCUGUCCACAGUUCUUAUGGACUUAUCUAAUGUAACGACGUACAUGUGUUCAGAAAACAGCGUAUCUUUGUCUGAGGUCUAUCCGAUUGUAUGUGGAUUAAUAAGAAGAAGUUUAAAGGUACAAGAUUCUGACGGAGUUAUAAUUCGUAAGACCAAAGAUGUCAUCAGUGAUGAGUUGAAUCGACGUUAUCAACCAAAUGACAAGAAGACUGCCUGUUCCACACCUGUAAUUGCAUCACUCAUGGACACCCGAUACAAACAGUUAACUUUCUUAUCUUCUGAACAAAGAAAAACGGCAGAGGAAUUUUUAGAGGGUCUUAUCGAUGAAAUGCCUCUAAAACGGUUGACAGAGACAAGCGGCUCCGAUACUCCGCCACCAAAGAGACAACGACGACCAAGUGGAAUUGACUUUUUGCUUAGUAAAUCGCCUGACAAACCGGAGUCUCAAGACGAGUUAGAACUACAAAGUUAUUUACUAGAUAAAUCUGAUUUCAAUAAAUCUCCACUUGAAUGGUGGUCAGAAAACGAGACGAAAUACCCACGUUUAUCUAUAAUUGCAAAACGCGUGUUAGCAGUACCAGCAACGUCCGUUCCUUCUGAGAGGAUAUUUUCAUGUGCCGGACUUGUGGUUACUAAACUCAGAAACAGACUUUCAGCUGAAGUUGUAGAUCAGAUAAUUUUUUUAAACAAGAACAAGAUAAAAGUCACCUGCAUUGAACCCCACACAUCUGAUUAG